CCGAUCGAACGUCAUCCAUCUCUCUCGAUACACACGACCUUUUCGCUUGGGUUUGCCCCAUUUUAACCUUAGGGGAUAUCUUUUUCCCCAGCUGUUUGAUCUUCAACUUCGCUACGAGCUUCCCGAAAAUUCGACCCCAUGGCGGAAUCCUUUUCCACCCCCGAUUCUCAAGGGGCUGCCGCUAAUGAACCCCCACAGCCCACCUCAUCUUUGGCUUCGGCUCCACAAAAUGUAUCCCAGGGCGCUGCGCCCGUCGCAGGGCCUCAUGAUGGUGAAUCUUCGGACUCAGACGAGGCAGAGCCUGAAGAAGAAUUCUCGGACUACGCAGAGGAUUUCGCGAGCGAUACAACAUCCUUGAACUCUGAAAUCACUUCAUACCGAUUUGAGAAUGGACGACGCUACCACGCCUACAAAGAAGGGGCUUAUUGGGGACCUAAUGACGAAACGCAAAAUGAGCAACUAGAUAUUGCUCAUCAUAUGUUUACUUUGCUUCUCGAUGGUAAACUACUACUUGCGCCAAUCAGCGACAAUAUACAGAGAGCGCUGGACGUCGGCACUGGCACUGGGAUCUGGGCCAUCGACUUCGCAGACGAAUACCCUUCAGCACAAGUCAUUGGGACCGAUCUGUCGCCCAUACAGCCUGGUUUUGUCCCACCCAACCUACAAUUUGAGAUCGACGACGCGACGGAAGACUGGGUCUAUCCGGAGAACCAUUUCGAUCUGAUCCACGUUCGUGCACUGUAUGGCGCGAUCGCGGACUGGCCCGCAUUCUAUCAGAACGUUCUCAGUCGCUUGCGGCCUGGGGGCUGGUUUGACCAACUCGAGAUGUCUAUACAAUUCCGAUCGGAUGAUGGAACGGUGACAGACGAUCAUGUUCUGGCAAUCUGGUCGAAGACCUUCAUUGAGGCGGGCGAGAAGUUUGGCAAGACCUUUCGCAUAGCGGAUCUUGCUAAGGGCUAUAUGCAGCAGGCUGGAUUCCACAACGUGACGGAACAUCGAAUGAAGUUGCCUGUCGGCCAGUGGAGUCGAGACAAGAAGCUGAAGAAACUUGGCAUGUGGAACCUGGUUCAUUGCGAGCAGGGUAUUGAGGGAUGGGCCAUGGCGCUGCUGACCCGAGUCAUGGGGUGGAGCUAUGCCGAAGUGCAGGUCUUCCUCGCCCAGAUGCGAAAAGGCCUCCGUGAUCCGAACACUCACGCAUACUUCAACGUGGUCGGGGUGUAUGGACAAAAGCCUACAAGUGCCUAUUAGAGUUUGGGGACGAAGUGCACUGCGGCACGGCUGACUGGAAUAAGAACCGACAAAAUGCAUUGCGCAGCAGACUACUGCAAGCAGACAGGACUAGCCUGGCAGAGGUGUGCCAAUCGGGGCUCGACGUCCCCCGUCAUGAAAGGUCGGGGCGGCCGGGAAUGCUUGGGUUUAAUGUGGACUUGAGAGUUAGUGUCCUGCUGAAGAUGCGCUACACGCGUCUUCGAUUGGCCGUCGGGAGCUUGGAUAGUGGAGGCGACCGGGGAUGACGGCAGCCGGUGUAGCUGGAGAACAUCCAAUGAUUGCAGUUCUACCCCAAUUAUGAUUUUAUGGUUCUGCACGGUU